AUGGACACGCAACUGGCGCAGAACACCGCCGCGCGCAAAGAGCGGCUAAUUGCGCUGCGGCGGCGCAAGGAAGCGCAGGAGAAGGGCGAGAGCGUCGAGGCGCACUUCGCCUUCAAGCAGCGCAAUUUCGAUCCAGAAACGCGGCAGGCGCGCAAGGCCACGGGGCCGGAGGGGCACGAUACCGUCGAGAAGGAAGUAGAGGGCCUGGCGGAGGAGAUUGUGCGCGAGGACGAGGAACGGCGGGCAGAGGAGCUUGACCUGUUCAAUAUUCAGCCCCGCAGGCCGAACUGGGACCUCAAGCGUGACAUGUCGACGCGCAUGGGCAAGCUGGAGCGGAAGACGAACGAGGCCAUCGCCACGAUCCUGCGGCAACGGCUACGUGAACAGCGCGGCGGAGCCGCAAGCGAGCAAGUCGACCUCGUUGCCGGCAUUCGCGAGGCGGAGGCCGAGCGUGACCGCGAUGUGGAGAGCGACGGCAGCGAAUAGAUGUAGCGUAGAUUAGGUACAUGUAAUAUCACGAUUCGGUGCUGCAAAGAUAC